AAAACCUACAGCUGUGAUGAGUGUGGGAAGGAUUUUACCCUGGCUGGAAACUUAAAAAGACACCAACUCAUCCACAGUGGAGUUAAACCGUACAGCUGUGACUUGUGUGGAAAGUCUUUUACCGAGGCUGGAAGCUUAAAAACACACCAAGUCAUCCACAGUGGAGUUAAACCGUACAGCUGUGACUUGUGUGGAAAGUCUUUUACCCAGGCUGGAAACUUAAAAACACACCAACUCAUCCACAGUGGAGUUAAACCGUACAGCUGUGACUUGUGUGGAAAGUCUUUUACCGAGGCUGGAAGCUUAAAAACACACCAACUCAUCCACAGUGGAGUUAAACCGUACAGCUGUGACUUGUGUGGAAAGAAUUUUACCCGGACUGGACACUUAAAAACACACCAACUCAUCCACAGUGGAGUUAAAGCAUACAGUUGUGACUUGUGUGGAAAGUCUUUUACCCAGGCUGGAGAAUUAAAAAGACACCAACUCAUCCACAGUGGAUUUAAACCGUACAGCUGUGACUUGUGUGGAAAGUCUUUUACUCAGGCUGGAAACUUAAAAACACACCAACUCAUCCACAGUGGAGUUAAACCGUACAGCUGUGACUUGUGUGGAAAGUCUUUUACCCAGGCUGGAAGCUUAAAAACACACCAACUCAUCCACAUUGGAGUUAAAGCAUACAGCUGUGACUUGUGUGGAAAGUCUUUUACCCUGGCUGGAAACUUAAAAACUCACCAACUCAUCCACAGUGGAGUUAAAGCAUACAGCUGUGACUUGUGUGGAAAGUCUUUUACCCAGGCUGGAAGCUUAAAAAUACACCAACUCAUCCACAGUGGAGUUAAAGCAUACAGCUGUGACUUGUGUGGAAAGUCUUUUACCGAGGCUGGAAGC